UCUUUCUCUCAGAUAUCUAGAACACAACUGGGCCUGACCUCAUCGUCAUAGUUCCGGCACUCCCUGCUGCUCCGUGACAACUGGAGAAGACCCUGUGGUCAUAUGCCCCCUCCCCCGCCCUGUCUGGCCUUGUCUUGCCCUGCAACCCUGCGACGAGUCAACAAGCUGCUCAAGAGGUGGGUGGGCUGACUGUUCUUCUGAUUCUUUGUCAAUCAGAGAAAGUCUUGAGCUUCGACAGGACCACGCGUCUCCCUAGCAUCUACCUCUGAAAUUCGCUCUUUUGAGGUGCUGCUAUCUAUCAUGUGGAACGACGAAGACAACAAUCCCUAUGGGGAUGACUUUGACAGGAGAGACUCCUUCACCUCCUCCAUCGACAAUCCAUCCUCACCUGGCCAGUAUCCACAGUAUGAUGUGCCACAGGCUUCAGAGGAUUCUCACCACUCCGAAUACCAUCCCCCAGCGAGGCUGACGGAAAGCGAUGAGGAUGAUGAAGUUCAAGCGCAGGUGGUCCCGCGGAGGAAGCCUGGUGGCUAUGAUAGCCGCAUCGAGCAGAUCCUGUACGAGAACCCACAGCUACCAAUAUUGAUCACCGACGCCGGGAAAAGUUUGGAAAGUGGCGGCAGAUAUAUCGUCUACACUAUUAGGACAGGCGACCUCGAGGUUCGCAGGCGGUAUUCUGAGUUCGCCUCCCUUCGCGAUGCCCUCUGCCGACUUCACCCUACCCUCAUCAUUCCGCCCAUCCCUGAGAAACACACCAUGGCCGACUACGCCGCCAAUCCUACCAAUGCGAAGCAGGACCAACAGAUUAUCGAUCUGCGCAAGCGCAUGCUUGCCGUCUUCUUGAACCGUUGUCGCAAGAUGGAGCAAGUUCGCACCGACGGGGUCUGGUGGCGUUUUCUUGAUCCAAAUGCGAGUUGGAACGAGGUCCUACAUUCCCACCCUGUUGCGUCCAUACCAAAGUCUGUCUACAAAGCCCCACCCCUGGACCCCGCGAACCCGACGCCCGCCCACAGCUACCUCCCAGUACCAGCAACUUCGGCAAGGUUGAAGUCGCAAGGAAUAGGCCCAAGUGCGGAGGCCGCUUUCGGAACGAGCAGUGAUCCAGGGCUGGCCAGAUUUCCACCUGACAAUGCCAACCUCAGCGAGCAAGAGCUCGAUCCCUACUUCACGUCUUUUGAGACGUCGAUCAAAGAGCUGGAGCAGUUGCUCAUGGGACCCAUGGAGAAAGUCAACCGGCGCACCCUCAGUCACCUCUCCACGCUGUCUUCCGACCUGUCGGAGCUUGGCGCCAAGUACAACGCAUUCGCGUUGUCCGAGCAGGACCCGACGCUGGGCCCCGUGAUCGAGCGGGUGGGGCAGGCGGUAGAUAUGUCAUAUGUGGCGACAGAAGAGCUGUCCACCUCUCUCGGCGCGAGUUUUGCUGAGCCUAUGAGAGAGAACGCUCAGUUCGCCGGUGUUGUCCGAAGCGUGCUGAAGUACCGAGUGCUCAAGCGCGUGCAGCAGGAGAUGACAAACGACGAACUCAAUAAGAAGCGGCUGCUGCUGGACCAGCUGGAGAGGAGCGAAGCGGAAGCCCGGAGAAUUGACCAAUACCUCAGCGGGAGUCAACAGAUCCAGCCACCCAGAAGAUCUACAAAUUCUCAAGAGCCGCCAAAUAGUCAUCGCAGGGACGGCAGCCAGGAGGAUACUGCUUCCAUCGACUCUGACUUUCCGCCUACACACGGUGACAUAUCUUCAGCACCAUCGGCUACGAUUGGUACUCCCGAGAGAGCCAAUAAUGGUGCCAGCCACAAGAAGGCAGCAAGUGGAAAUUCAAUCACGAACAAGAUCUUUGGUCCCAUCCGGCAUGCUAUCCAGGGUGUUGCCGACGUUGACCCGGAAAAGACUCGCCGCGACACCAUAGGCAGGACGCGGGAGUCAAUCGCUCAGCUCGAACAGGCACAGGUCGCAGUCGCACAGGAUGUCAAGGAUGCAAGCGCUAGCGUUCUGAAAGACAUGAAGAGGUUCCAGAGGGAGAAGGAAGAUGAUCUGAGGAAAUACAUGCUUGCCUAUGCAAAGAGUCAGAUCGAGUGGGCCAAGAAGAACAAGGAGACGUGGGAGGACGCGCGAGCAGAGGUCAACAAGAUUGAUGAGUCCUAGAAAGAUGAUGCAGCCUGUGCGUGAGACUGUUACUCACAAGAUGGGGCGGCCUCUUGAGGGACGAAACGACAUCAUGAUUGACUCUGAAGGAUAUGCCCGUUAUUUUAUUUACUUUACAGGGCUUUUGGCUCACUGAAGAAGGGCUGUUGUAAUUGUAUAAUGACCACCGAUAUUUACAAAACUG